AUGUCAUGUGGCUUGAAAUGUUCCAAAGGAUUAAAAAUCUGUUGUGGUGUCACAACCGUUCUUCUAAUUGUAGUCUUAGUCAUAUUAGUAGUCUUAUUCAUUACUGAUUUCAAGCCUAAAGACCCCAAAAUUACCCUACAAUCAGUUACAAUUCAAAAAAUCCAUGUUAAUGUUUUGCCAAUUAUAGAUCUAAAUGCAUCAUUAGCCAUAGUGGUCACCGUAGAUAAUCCUAAUCAUGGAAGCUUUAGAUACCAAAACAGCACAGCUUAUCUUAAUUACCGUGGUAAUCCUUUGGCUGAAGCUCCAUUAAAUGAAGACACUAUUCCAGCUCGUAAAGCACAUAACAUAAGCACAUCUUUGAAUGUUUAUGUAGAUAUUACAGAAGUUCCGGAAUUAUUUAAGGAUUAUACUAGUGGUAUUAUUAAUUUUACAUCAACAACUACUUUAGUGGGUAAAGUCAAGAUAUUAAAGUUCAUCAAGAUCAAAGCCACUAGUUAUUCCACUUGUGAUCUUUUUGUAUACGUACAUGACCAUAUCGUUAAUUCAACUUGUAGCGUAAAAAUCAAAUUAUGA